AUUUAAAACAUAAUCAUGCAACAGCAACAGCAGCCGCGGCCUGACUCCGUCAACUCAAUGGAUCGGCUCGGCGACCCAAUGUUUAGUAGUACCUUCGUUAGAAGAGACUAUAAUGAUAGCGGAGUAGCUGGAUGUUCCGAUAGCAAGCUUCGCACCAUCUCGACUUCGUCUUGCGCCACGAACAUGUCGACUGAAUCUUACCGCAUCUCUCUCGGCGUAGGGCCUCUGUGGUGGUCCGAUGUCCCUGUCCACCACAGAACAGAUCACGAUAGGGCAUCGCUCUUAACGGGCUACAGCCGCAAGUCUUCGGUCGAUUCGGCUGGCGGCAGCUUGUUCGAGGCCAGCUCUCGGGCUUCGUCAUCCUCAUCUUCGUCGUCGGAAUGCUCUGACUCGGAGUCGCAUGACAUUCAUUCGUUGUGCUCAGAGGAUGACUGCCAGGAGGUGUUGCGCCAGAUCCUGCUGCAUGACCAACCAGUGCAUAUUUCUAUCAAAUUGCACGUCACUGAAGACCUGUCAACCAAUUGGAUGUCGAUUUUGAACCCGACCAACAACAUUCUAUAUGUCGCCUUUCCCACUGACUUACCCCCAGCCGGCUCCAAGGAGACCUUCAUCUCGCUUUUGGAAUUUGCCGAGGAUAAGUUAGAGGUGGACGGCAUCGUCAUGGUAAUGAGUAAGGAUCAGCCGGAGUGUGCUCGUUUAAUUGAGGCAUUCCUUUUCAUGGGCUUCGAGCCGUUAUCAAGAAAGUCGCCGAAGGCACCACCAGCAGCCGUCAACGAUAACGAGAACUACUAUUUCCUCUACACCAUCGAGGAGUAGAAAUUGGGACAACGUGUUGGCAACAGUUUUGCAUCAGACGAUGUUUAGUUACACAUAACCGAAACAAUUUACUUAUUCAAACUUAUCUACAAUAAUCAAUAAUAACUAAAGUGUUUGCGAACAUAAAUAUUACCCAUCUGAGUAGUACACCACCACAAUAUCUACACAAGCUGACAUAUUGACCCCGAUGUGUUCAAUGAAAAUUCAAAUCUAAGCAACUCGUUUCAAACUUUGUCAACGCGAUCAUUUUCUUUUGUGGUUAUUCUAUCAAUAUCCGAUUGAAUUAACAACAUUAAUUCGCCACGUUAAGAGCAAGCUUCAACUUGUCGUAUAUUAUUACACAAAAUAUAAUCAAAAAAAAAAAAAAAAAAAAAAAUACGUAAAAAAAAAAAUACUAAAACUACGAAAAAAAAAAUGUAUUAGUUUUAAGUUUAUUUGUGAAUUGCAUUACAAUUUAUUUAUGUCUUCUAUAUUUUUUUCUAUUGUCAUCAUUUUUGUUUUCAAAAACCAAUAUUCUUGUUUAUUCAAUAAUUUCAUUAAUUCAAUAUUUUCAUAAAUCCCACACGUAUUUUAUAUAAAAAAAAAUGUUUUCUAUAUAUAUAUAUAUAUUCAAUUUUUGUAUACUUAUUUUCGAUGAAAAUGAAGGAAUGAAGCAUUCGAAAGUGGAACAUACAUAUUUAUAUAUAUUUAAUAAACUACCACGUUUAUCAAGCAAACACAUACAUAUAUAAACGUAUACAUAUAUAUUCAAACUAAUAAAUAAAUCUUGAAAUCAAUAGAUUAAAAGAACACAUCAGCAAAAAAUCGAUAUUUAAUAUUUUAUUUUCAUUAUUUUGUAAUAUUUUGAACUAUAUGCAAUAAAAUUAAUGAUU